AUGUGGAACAGUUACAAGGCUGUAGCUGACCGGGAAAAGCUUGGGCGGGAAGUGCCCGGUGCAGAUACUGUCCUCACUGUCACCAGCCAGCUUCUUCCGUCUCCCUCCUCGUCCAACCCCUCUGCCCAGCCCACGGCACCGCUAAGCGUCCCAAGUCGGGAGAGCUGCCCUAAGAUCCAAGUGUCCAUCAUUCUCCCCGUUCACAAUGCCGAGUACUGGUUGGAUGACUGUUUGAAGUCUGUUUUGGAACAAGACUUUGAAGGCACCUUGGAGCUUUCUAUCUUUGAUGAUGCCAGUAAGGACAAGUCCAUGAAUAUAAUUAACAAAUGGAAGAUUAGAUUAGAAACUUUAGGCAUCAGAGUAAUCAUUGGAGGUCAUAAUUCCCCUUCUCCUCGGGGAGUUGGAUUUUCUAAAAAUCAAGCAAUAGCACAGAGUUCUGGAUCUUACCUUUGUUUUUUGGAUUCGGAUGAUGUGAUGAUGCCUCAGCGGGUGAGAUUGCAAUACAAAGCUGCCAUUCAACAUCCAAACAGUAUUAUAGGGUGCCAAGUGAAGAGAGAACCCCCGAACUCAACUGAACGCUAUACUCGUUGGAUCAAUAAUUUAACAUCUAAGCAACUCAUCACUCAGGUGUUCACUUCUUACGGACCAACAGUGAUCAUGCCUACCUGGUUCUGCUCACAAGAAUGGUUUUCCCAAGUUGGAAAAUUUGAUGAGAGUGGUAAGGGUGUACCUGAGGACUUGUUAUUCUUUUAUCAUCAUCUCCGAAAAGGUGGUGGAGUCUUUCUAGUUGAACAGUGUCUUCUCCUCUAUCGAUACCAUCCAUAUGCAGCAACACAUUCAGUCCUAGAAAGCACCAUCUGGCAACACCGAGUCCAGUUUCUAGAAGAAAGAGCUCUUCAGCAUUGGACAUCAUUUACUAUCUGGAAUGCUGGCAAACAGGGAAGAAAACUGUAUAGAAGCUUAUCCCCAGUUAACCAGAAAAAGGUUGUUGCAUUUUGUGAUGUUGAUGAAAACAAGAUCAAGAAGGGUUUCUACUCUUAUGAAGACUCUGAGGAAAGACCUAAGCCAAAAAUUCCAAUAAGGCAUUUCAAGGAUGCUGACCCUCCUUUUGUGAUCUGUGUAAAGCUGGAUCUUACUGGUGGGACAUUUGAAGAAAAUUUGGAAUCGCUGAAUCUGCAGGAAGGCCUAGAUUAUCUUCAUUUCAGUUGACUGCAUUAAAAACUGCAAAGAUCCAGAUACAAGGAGCCCAAGAAAAUGAAAAUGAUCCAGCCCUAGACCAGGAACAAGAAGGAACUACUUCAAAUCUAUCAGCAGAGCUUUUGUUUCAACUGAAUUAUUAUGGAAACAAUGGCAUUUUGGAACUAUCUCACCUGUGUCAUUUCAGCAGGCACAAUCUUAAUGACAAAUUAGCUUCACCCUAUCAAUGCAAGUGGAUAGGCCAAGAGCUUUUAGGUGCAUAAUGUUCUGAGAGCACAACUUACUAUUCUGUAGACUAAGCAAAGCAAAGAAGCCUGGCCACUGCACACUGAGGGGAUUAAUAAGUAUUGAACUAAAAUAUAACCUGUUCCCAACCCUUUUUGUUUUAAAAUAUAGAGAUGUAAAAUAGCAUAAAGUAUAAAGCACUGAAUAUGUAAUCAGGAGGCCUGGAUUCAGAUCUGACUUCAAACUUUUGUUUGUGGUAUAUGAUCAUGGUGAAAGCAUUUAAUCUUCAAUUUUUAAUUUCUUUGUAUGUAAAAUGGGAAUAAUAAUUGCAUAUAUUAAAAAUAUUUUAAUGGAGGCAGGUAGGCUCAGUGGAUGGAAAGCCAGGCCUGGAUGCAGGAGGUCCUACACUCUAAGGAGGCCUCAAACACUCUGUGAUGUGGGCAAAUCAUUUAGCCCUAGUUGCCUAGCCCUUACCACUCUUCUGCCUUGGAUAAUGAUAUUUAAUAUCAUCUAAGACAGAAGGUAAGAGUUCUAAAUAUAUACAUAUUUUUUAAUGGAAAAACUCAUUUGCUUCAGAGGAAGUUGGGAAAUGCUUAAAGCUUCAGAGCAAUCUCUUUAUAGGAGUUAGCUUCUAGAGAGCAGAUCCUCUAGGAAAGGCCACAAGUUUCAUUUGCUGAAGAGUUGACAGAACUGCAGAAUCAAGAGAGCCAUAUGGGGUGGAGCAGACGAGUGCUAAGGCCAGUGAAGAGUUACCCCUUCCUACUAUAAUCUCAGAGUAGAAAGUGAGAGAAAUGAUCAAAUUACACCAGACAAAAGCUGUCAAGGAAAGAUGCAAGCACAGACAAAAGGACCUAGAAGAGAAUACUGGCAUGGAGAAACAAACUGACAAACUUUUGCUGGCACAGAAAUGCUAUAGAACUCAGAUCUCUUUAAGGAUGAUAGUCAUCUUGAUAGGUGUAAAUAGAAAGAGCUCUUGAUUUGAAACCAGAAUAAAAAUAAACUACCAAUUCACAGAGGAGAACCGUCCCAAUAUUCUGAAAUUGAAAAAAAAAUCUGAAGUUGCAGAUUUUAGUGGGAAUGUGAUGCAGAUUGGGCUAGUUUUUUUCUUAAAAGCUUUUUUCUUAUUCUUUAAAAUAUGGUUUUCUCAGGAGACUAAGGGCUCAGACUGUUGAUAUCACUUCAUCUGCUAGGCACAAAGCAGCCCCUAGUGCUUUGGAAAAGGGAGACUCUCAAUGCUGCAAUUAAAGCUUCUCUCAACUGAAUCAGCUCAAGGGGUUCUUAGAGCUUAUUGUUGAAAAUCCUUUUCCUGUUAUGGCUAAAUAAAUGUUCUUUUGUCAACUGUU